GUAGACACUGGAUGAAUGAAGACGUCAUCGGACGGAAUUUAUGGAUGGAUGAAGUCCGGGCUGGGGGCCUUCGUUGCGGAACCCUGUUUGGGCUAUGGAGGGGAGGAGCUCUGCCCUCGUCGACUCGGAGCGUUUUGCUCGCCUGCUCCGGACGAGGCAGACUUCUGCGGCGUUUCUGAGUUGCAGAGUUGUGUGUGGAACUGCUGCUAUGGUCGCUUCUGCAUCGUCGUCGCAGAAUUCAAAAUGAAUUAUUUGUAUGGAGCGUUCGGUUCCCCAUGUACUGUUUCUAUUGAUUUUGUGGACGCCGAGACUCGCAAGCAGGCGAGUGUGAAGAAGGAAAAUGGUCAGACUGUCUUGGUUCCCCUGUUUCUGGGGCAAGACAGCGUUGUUGGGGAGGUGCGAAUUGAUCCCGUGCCCGGGAAGAAAGUUGAGCACACGGGUGUGAAGAUUGAGCUCCUUGGACAAAUUGAGCUGUAUUUUGACAGAGGCAAUUUCUAUGAUUUCACAUCCCUUGUGAGAGAACUUGAUGUUCCUGGUGAAAUCUUGGAGCGAAAAACAUACCCCUUUGAGUUCUCCACUGUCGAGAUGCAGUAUGAAUCUUACAACGGUGUCAACGUGAGAUUGAGGUAUAUCCUGAAAGUCACGAUCAGCAGGAGUUAUGCAACCAAUAUUGUGGAGUAUAAAGAUUUCUGGGUGCGGAAUUAUUCACCGCAGCCUGAGAUCAACAAUAGUAUCAAGAUGGAGGUGGGAAUUGAGGACUGCUUGCAUAUCGAGUUUGAAUAUAGCAAGAGCAAAUACCAUCUGAAGGAUGUGAUUGUGGGCAAGAUCUACUUUCUACUCGUCCGAAUCAAGAUCAAGCAUAUGGAGCUUGAAAUAAGAAGGCGAGAGUCCACUGGAUCAGGUCCUAAUACUUACAACGAAAGCGAGACACUAGCCAAGUAUGAAAUUAUGGAUGGUGCUCCUGUCCGUGGAGAAUCGAUACCAAUCAGGUUAUUCUUGAGUCCUUAUGAUUUGACUCCUACCUACAGGAACAUCAACAAUAAGUUCAGCGUGAAAUAUUAUCUCAACCUUGUCUUGGUCGAUGAAGAAGAUCGACGGUAUUUUAAACAGCAAGAGAUAACCAUGUAUCGAGCAGAGUAGUUACGGAGUUUCAAUCUGGCUGCUUUUGAGGUUUUCGAUCAUAUUUAAGUCCUGGGCUCCGGCUUCUUCACAUACCUGUCAACAAGCAUGGAUAGUGCCUUCAAUAAGUCCAAAGUGAGGGAACUAAAUUGAAGGCCUUAUCUGCAGGCCAGAUGAAGAUAUUUUAUUGCCUGGGGAGAACUAUCCGUUCUGAACAACUGUCAGGGAAGAAUUCUCAAGUCGUAGUGUCCACCUCUCUCUCAAGGUUAAGACGUGAUUUAAGCAUUUAGUUAGCAGAAUCUCACAGUAGCAGUCCGUGAUUUAUCACUGUAGUUAGUGAGUCUGAUCUGGAGCCCUACGUUUCACAUAGUAAGCGUUUAGCAUGCGCUGUAAAUUCCGGUGAGUAGUUGGUGUUGUUCCUGUCCAUACUGCAGCAUUUGUCACCGACAGGAGGAUGUAGCCAUAAUUUAGUGCAACUCAAUUUUUGUGCAGUUGCUCAUUUUGCUAGCAGUGCAUGUUAGUGCUCGUCUGGAUCAGAACAGACUCAUUUCUUGUUUUUGGCUCUCUGAUUGUUUGUAUUUCAGAGGCUUAAAGUAGUAACAUCGAAUAAAUUUCCAUGAUGAUUUCAGUUAUUACA